GUAAUUGGUGGGGGUGCUAGGAGUCGGACCCCCACCAAUCUGAUAUUGAUAAAGUACCUUGAGGGAAGUUCAUCCCCUUUAAGGACCCGUGAAAACGCUGUGUGGCUUCUAAUAAAGACCAUGUUCACCAUGUUCAGGGCUCAUUCACACGACUAGGGCAGCACAUCAUGUGCUCUCCGCAUCCGUACUUCCGUUCCGCGGCCCCGCAAAAAAGAUAGAACAUGUCCUAUACUUGUCUGCAAUUGGCAUUUUCUAUCAUAGUGGCGGCCAGGUGCAGAACGCACGCGGCCAGUAUCCGUGUUUUGCAGAUCCGCAAUUUCCAGACCGCGAAACACUACUAAAGUAUAUAUAAAGGUAUUCAUCCAGCCAGGAUCAGAGUAUGUAUGACGCCUGCGUGAUCUAAGAGUACAUACAACAUUGCGUGAUAGGUUUUACACGUCACAUGUAGGGGGGUUGCCCCUUUAAUCUGUUGGUGCAGCUGUAUGUGUGCAGGCAGCCUGUAUACGCCUGUGUGUGUACUGUGUGCACAUGCACAGGAUACAGCGUGCCGCUCUCUGAUACAGCGCGGUGCUGACUCAGCAUGACUCGCCUGCUCGGCUGCGCUUUCCCUCCCAGCCUAUUUUUAAAGUUCAAUUCUCCGGGGAUUGGAAUUGGUUUGUCCCCUGUGAACGGGAAAAGUCCUUAUUAACAGGGUCACAGAUCAGGACCCGGGGGCACAUGGACAGCAAGAGAUUGCUGACACACGGUUCCCAGGGUAUGACGACUCUCAGCAAGGGAAAUAGCAAAGCUCUGAAGGUAAAGAGGGAGCCAGGGGAGAAUGGCACCAGCCUUACAGACGAAGAAUUGGUCACCAUGUCUGUGCGGGAGCUGAACCAACAUCUCCGUGGUUUGUCCAAGGAAGAGAUCAUCCAACUGAAGCAGCGACGGCGCACCCUUAAAAAUCGCGGGUAUGCGGCAAGCUGCAGGGUGAAGCGGGUGACGCAAAAAGAAGAGCUGGAGAAGCAGAAGGCAGAACUGCAGCAGGAGGUGGAGAAACUCGCCUCCGAGAAUGCCAGCAUGCGCCAGGAACUGGACUCUCUGAGGUCAAAGUAUGAAGCUCUGCAGAACUUUGCCAGGACUGUCGCCAGAAGCCCCAUCAACCCUCCCAGGGGAGCGUUUCCACCAGGCAUGAGGCCUCUUAUACCAGGAAAAGUAGCCGCCACUAGUGUCAUUACCAUAGUGAAGUCUAAAACUGAGGCACAUUCUUAGGGGGGAGUGGAAAAAACGAUGGGGCUACUGACCUUCCAUAGCGUUUCCCAAAGCACAAGUACCCAAAGAAUUCCUUAGCUACCGGAAAGGUUUCCAGCAGUGGAACAAGGUAUCGUCUAUGGGAGAAGUUGGGUGCUUUGGCAGGGAAUACAACAUUUCGGCAUUUGUGUCUUUGCAGCAAGUGGGAAAGUGACGAAUAGUGGGAGGUCUCUCACUAAGCUUCCUCUGACCAAGUGUUCAAGCACUCAGUCCACCAGAAUGGUGAGUGACGGAGAUGCAGAGUCAACGCCGGCUGUAGUUUCCACACUUGAAAGAGUCCAUAGGAUUUGUCUGUGUUUUGAGUUUUCCCGUCCUGUCGAGCUUUCAGUGUACAGUGUGAAGUCCGGUUGUGCUCCACGUCUUGGGUCGGUAUGCGCAGUCCAUAUACUUGAAGUACGCGGUGUUGUGGCUCCGUCUGUACAGUGUGACGUCGGGUGGUUCUGCUUCUUUUGUGACUGGUGUGUGUUUGUGUGCAGUUCUCCUGCGUGUUGUGUAGUUUGUGAUGUUGGACUUUACUGCUCCUUUUUGGAUCGUUCAGUUCGUUAGUAGUGUGAAGUCUUCCAGCCUGUGGGUCAGCUUGCUGUCCUGUGUUGUCAGAGUGUGUCCUCCUCCGUUGUGGUCGGUGUGCAGUCUUCACUUGGGUUAGUGAACGUGAUGGUUUGUUCUCAAUGUGGUGGAAUAUCCUUUGAAGUUGGUGGCGUUUUUGUGCCAAAAAUAAUAUAUCAUACUGCAUUGAUGGUGACGUUGAUGGGAAGAGCCACUCUGCUCGUUUGUGACUAUGUUGCCCAAUCCAUAAUUCAAGUAGAAGAUCUUCGCGUGAGGCUUCCUCUCUGAAAGACAAUGGGGUUCUUCCUGAACAUCCAUCAAAGCCUGAAAGUACAGUAUGUCUGCAUAGUCAUGUUGGUGGGACCGUCUUGAGAGGAGCCCAUGGGCCAAUCUUUUUUUGGAUAUUCAUGGUCAGGCAUCACAAUAUGCAACCUUUGAUCACGGCAGUUGCAAACUGAGGAAAACUGUGCUAUGCUUAGAUGACAGCUAGCCAUGCUCAAGAGCUGCGUGUCGUCUGACAGCUGUUCCUCCCUUUCCCCCCAUCCAUACACAGAUGUUUUUGGCUCGGCCAAGCAUGCAUGUGUUCUGAAUUGGGAGUAAGCUGCUGCCAUACACCUCCCCAAGAAUAAAAGGAUUGGGCAUGUUGAAAUCCAGCUACCCCAUCCUUAACUCCUCCGACAGCUGCUGCUGGGGGGAGUUAGGAGGCCCCCAUACACAUUAGAUGAUCAGCCAACCCCGCUGUAAUCUAUUGUGUAUAGUCAGGAAUUGUCUAUUUUAUUUUAUAAAUCUGCCUCUGGCUAUUAGGACCUGUGGAGAAAUCCAUACUCACCUGCUCCCCGCCGCCGAUUUCUGGUCCCUGUCCGUCAGCUUCCUGUAUGAAUUUGGCCCACUUGCACCUCUGGAGCCAAUGACUGGCCUCAGUGGUGACUUAAUACAUCACCAAUUAGCUCAGUCAUUGGCUGCAGUAGAACACGUGACCCUGACCACCCAGAGGUUUAUAGGACAGGGACCAGAAGACCACAGAAAGGAGACUAAACCAAGUGGUGCAGAUUUAAAAAAAAUAUAUAUAUAGACAAUUCCUAACAGAUUAUUGUGUGGUAUAAUUAUACGGUGUGGUGCCCCUGCCAAGUCCUCAUGUGAGCUCUUCUGGCCCAAAAGGAUAUGUGUAAUAGUUAAAAUCUGCUGGUUCACGUUACCGCCUUCGACUCCUGGUCUUCCAUAUUUCUGGUCCCAUUGAGUCCAUCAUUCAGAAGUUGACAGUGUUGUACCUGGUUGCCGUGUAGACAUGGGGUUCACCUACUUAUGGAGUUGAGUACUUAGCAUAUCAAUACUCCAGCAAUUAGUGACAUCACUGGAUAUUUUGGUGAUGUCACCAAUCUUAAUAAUUUGCACUGUAAAGUGAUUGAAUUACUAUUGCCAUCUAUACAACAAGUUGGGUAUCAGCCAGGAGGGAUCUGGUGUGUUGUACACAGAAAGGACCAUGGAUGGUGAAUGUGGUGGUGUAGACAGGACUAACACAAAGCUACAGUCCUCCUGCUCUUGAUGCUGCCGCCGGUUUACACGUUUGGCAUCUCUUAUAUCGGAUUGUAGGUUGUGCUUCUUUUUAUUAUGUGCACGUCGAUGAUCUGCUGACGUUAAACAGACAAUAUCCCAUUAAAGGGCUGACAGACAGUGGAGAGCCGCAGUCUACCAGAUUUAUCCGUACCCUGUCGCCUGCACCAGUCAUGAGACUUUCUGGUAGAGGUGGCAGUGGUGUACAUGCAGGACAACCUGCCCAUAACAUUUCAUUCAGGAAGGCAGUAUUAGGGUGAGCAUGAUGAAAAAGUUUACCCCAUCCCAAUUGCUGCCUAUAGAACAGGGACUUAAAUAUUGCUGACCUAUACUCAUGGUAUCUGAUCAUUGAGGUUCUAACUCCCAACAUCCCACCACUGAGCUAUUGGAAGGAGCACUUGGAAAAGCACUGCUGUCUCUUCCUCAUGUCCACCCGUCAAAUGGCCUAGGCUCCGCUCAGUCCUAUUCAAGUGAAUAAAACUGAGCUGCAAUACCAGUCACAGCCACUAUAUGAUGUGCGGCGCUAUGCAUGGAUUAGUAAGAAGAGACCACAACGCAUGUCCAAGUGCCUUCAAAUAGCUGACUGGCGGGGGUGCUGGGAGUUGGACCCCGACAAUCAGAUAUUGAUGACCUAUCCUGGGAGCGCACUGCACACGCACGACCACCUCUAUGGGACUGCGAGAAAUAGCCGAGCCAGCGAUGAAUGGUGUAUAGGUAGCGCUCCGCUAUUUUUUGAACUCCCAUGACAGUGACUGGAGGGUGGCUGCGCUUGCACAGUGUGCUUUCAUUCACUUUGGGAGCCUGUUCCGGAGAUAGCAGCAGGUCCCAUAGGUGGGACCCUCACCUCUCUGACAUUGGUGGCCUAUCCUAGCAGUAUAUGCCACCAAUGUAUGAGAUGAGAAGGCCCCUUGUCUCAGAAUCCCUCUCUCUUCAUUUUUUUAGGGACCAGAGCUUAGUGCUGAUCAUAUACAUAGAUCAUACAGCAGCAUCAUACUCAUGGAGCUUCAUUUUUCAGCAUUUAAUUAAGGCCUCAUGCACACGGCCGUUGUUCUGGUCCGCAUCAGAGCCGCAGUUUUGACGGCUCGGAUGCGGACCCAUUCACUUCAAUGGGGCCGCAAAAGAUGCGGACAGCACUUCGU